GUCAAAAUAAGGAGGCCCACGCUUCUCCCGCCGCUUCGCCCCGGUCGACGGCGGCUUUGGUUGCUCAUCCUCCACUCUCUGCUUCGUCUCCCCUUCCCUCUCUCUCGCUCUACGCAGUCUUCUCUCCGUCCCCGUAAAGAGACCGACGCCAUGCCCAUCUCCCUGUCGUCCAUGUCUUUGGAAUCGUCCUCUGCAGCUGCAAUUCCUCCAAAAGCCUCUCCUUGCUCCCACACUCCUUGCCCUCCACCUCCCCCCCGUUUGUCCAUCACCCACCGCCGCACCGGCGGAAGAAGCUUUUCCGCUGCUCUCAAUAACCACAGCCCCCUCAAAGCCCAGUCCAGAAAACCCCUUCUUCGCCCCCUGCAGCUCUCCUCUUCUCUCCACGACCAGGCUGCCGGAGGUCAGUCGGACUCGGAAUCAGUCGCCCAGCAAGCCCUGUUGGAAUACCUACAUGGAGAGCUCGGAUUACCGGAGGAGGAAGCGGCGAACAUCGUGUCGGGUGCGCCCAAGUACCUGGGGACCUUGAUAGACGAGGUGAAGGAGUUGGAUGAGCUGCCGGAACUAUGGGGGGAGUUCAGUUAUUGGAAAGCCGAUGCCGACAACUCUGUAGCUGCAGCCGAUGGCGGCGUCGGCGGGCGGGGGUUUAAGGAGAAAGUGGUUUAUAUGGCCAAGCAGAAAGGGGAUGGCGGCAAGGUUGCCUUUUUAGAGAGUCUCGGGCUCAGCCUGCCGUCGGCAACCUACCUUGCCCGCAUCCUCUCGUCGGAGAAUCUUCCCGCUCUCGUUCACAAGGUCAAAAUUAUGAAGGAAAUGUUGUUUUCUGGCAGAGACGAAGGACGGAUUAUAGGGAAGAAUGCUCGUCGUCUGAUGAUGAACUUAUCGAUCUCCGUUGAUGAGGAUGUACAACAGACACUAUCUUUCUUUGAAAAGAUUGAAGCCAAGCGUGGGGGUCUUGACAUAUUGGGCGAUGAAGACGCUGCUUUUCGAUAUUUGGUCGAAUCAUUUCCACGUCUUCUCUUGUUAUCAGUGGAAUCCCAUUUCAAACCAAUGUUGGAGUUCCUUAUAAGGGCCGGAGUUCCUCGUGUUAGCAUGAGAAACGUUCUGCUGCUUUUCCCACCAACCAUCUUCAUUGGAGUCAAGUUUAUGAAGAAGAAACUUCUUGUGUUUGAGCAGGUCGCUCCAGCCGAGGAUAUCGGUAAGUUGCUGGUGAGGUAUCCAUGGAUUCUUUCAACUAGUAUUCAGGAUAAUUACAAGGAGAUUGUUUCGUUCUUUGAAAAGGAGAAGGUGCCUAGAGUUAGUAUCGACCUCGCUAUUAAGAGUUGGCCUCAUCUAUUGGGGGGUUCAACAGGCAAGCUUAAGUCGAUGGUCGACUGCUUCGGUGAACUGGAUGUUCGAAAUAAGAUGUUGGGGAAAGUCAUUGCUAAGAGCCCUCAGCUACUGCUUCGAAAGCCAGAAGAAUUUCUCCAGGUUGUGUCCUUGUUGGAAGACAUCGGAUUCGAUAGGAUAACGGUGGGGAAGAUACUUGUCCGGUGUCCUGAAGUUUUUGCAACCAGUGUCGAGAAAACUCUUAGGAAGAAGCUCGAUUUUCUUACAAGCAUCGGCAUUUCCGAAUCUCAUCUACCUCGGGUUAUCAAGAAAUAUCCGGAAGUUCUCGUCUCCGACAUCGACAGAACAUUAGUUCCUCGGAUGAACUAUCUAACGGAGAUUGGGCUUUCGAAGAGGGAGGUAGCGUCCAUGGUUCGGAGAUUCUCACCUCUGCUGGGUUACAGCAUCGAAGAGGUGUUCCGGCCGAAGGUGGAGUUCCUAGUGAACACGAUGGGGAAGUCAUUGAAGGAGGUCGUGGAGUACCCGAGAUACUUCAGCUAUUCGCUGGAGAAGAAGAUAAAGCCUCGGCACUGGGUGUUGAAGGGGAGGGGAAUGGAGUGUAGCUUGAAAGAAGCAUUGAGCAAGAACAACGAGGAAUUCGCUGCCGAGUUCAUGGAUGUCGGAGGAAGGCCACCAAGCCCUCCUCCCUCCCCCUGAUUUCGAUCUGUUGUUGUAUCAUAAUAGAUUAGAACAACAGCUGCUAUCAUUCAUCGUAAAUAGUAGAAAUGGUUCGAAUCCAAAUCGUGAUUGAUAAUAUCACCGGCCACCGAUGAUCAUGGUGUCAAAAUUUAUCAAAAUUUUCAAA